AUGUCAAGUAUAAUAAAAGAUCUAGGGAAUGAUCCAGUCAAGAUCUUGGAUAAAGAUUUUGAAAAUACAGAAGUUUUAGCUCUUAUAAAAGAAUUAUUGGAUCCAAUAGCUCAAGGUAAUUCAGUUUUAAAUGAAAUCUUUAUUGAAGGACUUGAUGCUUCUCAAGUAUGGUCUCAAGCUAAACUUAUAUUAGAUUCCACUACUGAAACUUUACUAUUUGAUAAAAUUCCAGCUAUUAAAGAUAAAAUUCUUUCUAUUGAUCAAGAAAGUAAUGAAGAUUCUGAACUUGAAGAAGAACAAUCAGAACAAGAUUCUGAUGAACAAGAUUUAAGUGAAGGUGAUGAAGAUGAAGAAGAACAAUUGAAUGAAAAUGGUGAAUUAGUUGAUGAUUUUGAAGAAUCUGGUGAAGAAGAUGAUGACCAAGAACAAGAAGAUGAAGAUGAAGAACAAGAAGAUGAAUUAGACAAUCAAGAACAAGAAGGUGAAAGUGAAGCACCAAAGAAGGAUGCAUUUGGGUUAAAUGACGAAUUUUUCUCCAUUGAUGAUUUCAAUAAACAAAUUUUAGAACAAGAAAAAAACAAUGGUGCUGGUGAAGAUGAUGAAGAAAUUGAUUAUUUUAAAGAUAUUCCAGAUUCUGAUAGUGAAGAUGAAGAAACUUUAUAUUAUAAUGAUUUUUUCCCUAAACCAGGUAAUCAAAAAGGUAAAAAAUUUGAUAAAAAAUCAUCAAAAUCUAAAAAACCUUCUAAAGAAGAUAAAAUUGAAGAUGAAGAAGAUGAAGAAUUAAAAGAAGAAGAUUAUGAUCAAGGUAUGAAAAAAGCAAUGUUUGAUAUAUUUGAAGAUGAUAAACCAAGUGCAAAAAAUGAAAAUUUAUCAAGUUUUGAACGUCAACAAUUAUCUAUUCAAAAGGAAAUUCAACAAUUAGAAUCUGAAUCUAUUGCAGAAAAAAAAUGGGCAUUAAAAGGUGAAUCAAAAUCAAAAGAUAGACCAGUUGAUUCAUUAUUAGAUGAAGAUUUAGAAUUUGAACGUAAUGCUAAACCAGUUCCAGUUAUAACACAAGAAAUUACAGAAUCAAUUGAAGAAUUAAUUAGAAGAAGAAUUAAAGAUGAUGAAUUUGAUGAUUUACCAAAAAGAGUUAUAACAGAUGUUACAAAUUUUAGACCUUCACAUGAUUUCCAAUUAAGUGAAACUAAAUCAACAAAAUCAUUAGCUGAACUUUAUGAAGAUGAUUAUAAAGGAGUUGAUACAUCAUCUGCUGCAUCUGAAGAAUUAAAAAAAUCUCAUGAUGAAAUUAAAAAUUUAUAUCAAACAUUAUCACAUAAAUUAGAUUCAUUAUGUUCAGCACAUUUCAUACCGAAACCUGCACAAAAAUCUAUUGAUAUUAAAGUUAAUACACCAUCUAUUUCAAUGGAAGAUGCACAACCAUUAACACAAUCUAACGCUAAUACAUUAGCACCACAAGAAAUUUUCAAUACCAAAAGAUCAGGUAAUGAAAAUGAAAUUCAACUUAAAUCAGGUACUGUAUUUGCAAGAGAUGAAUUAUCAAGAGAAGAUAAACAAAGACUUAGAAGAGCUAAUAAAAGAAAAAGAUCAAAAGAAUUUCAAAAUCAAGAUCCAGAAUCUAAUAAAAAAUCUAAAAAACAAAAUGUUAUUGAUACUUUAUCUAAAGCUAAUAAUGUUACUAUUAUUAAUGAUAAAGGUGAAAAGAGAGAUGUUUCUGGUGCAUUGAAGAAAGAUCAAACUAAACAAGGUUCAUCAAUGUUAAAAUUAUAA